UUUGUUUUAUUUUUACUUCUCUUUUCCUAUAUCGGACCUUUUAACGUGCCCUUUUCCUUUUCGUUGAAAUUUCUCGCACGCUUUCUUUUCACAAGAAAACUUUCAUAUUUUCACGACGUUUCUCCGAAUUAUUGAUACAAAUAAUACAAUAUUUUUGUCUCGUCAUUUUUCCAUAUUAAUAUUUACAUGUAUACAUAUAUACACAUCGUAUAUAUGCGCACACGUAUCAUGGCACACGUAUGCAUGUGCAUACAUAUAUAUAUAUAUACAUAUAUAUAUAUAUAUAUAUAUGUGUGUGUGUGUGUGUGUGUGUGUGUUAUAUUUAUUUAUUUCCUAUUGUAUCAUGUCAAAGAGACCAAUAAAUGCUGCUAUAGAUGUGACUUUAUAAUAUAAUCUUAAGUACAUUGUAUGUAAAAGUUUAAAAUAAUUAGAGUGAAAAAUGAUAGUAUUUGCUGAAGCUACAGUCAGAGAAUUCAAUAGAAAAUUACAAUGUUGUACUUCAAACAUAUUUCUAAUCAUUUUUAAAAAUAUGUUUUAUACAAAUUCAACAAAGUUUCUACUAUUUUCAAUAAUUAUUAUAUAGAGCAUUAUGAUAAAUAACUUCUUUGUCAAACAAAUCUAUUGGAUAAUGAAUUGAUAGAUCAUUAACAUUGAUGUAAAUGACACAAGUGAAACUGUAUUAUUAUUUUUUUCUUUUUUGCUUCUAUGUACUAAUAUGUAUAUUAUGUUAUGCAUUCCCAUAAUGCCAUAUAGACAAAGGAAACGGUGAAAUAAUUUCAAUUUAUAUGCGAUAUAUCAUAGCGGAUCGUUUCAUAUUUGAAAUAGAUAUUUACAUAAAUAUUAUUACUUUCAAGUGUUAUAACACAUUAUUAUUUUUAUUAAAUCACUACUGUACCGUUAUAUCAUGCAUUAGCUUCAAAAUAAAAAUGAAAAAUAAUGGAUGGUGGACUUUUAAAUGAUAGCUCGGCUCAAUUAAUCAUUAGAGUCAUUAAGUGAGUCUAUAAUGAAAAAUGAAAAUGAGCAGAAUAUUUUGAUGUAACAUAAUCAUACACGUGUAUGUACAUAUAUUGGACAUAUUAAUUUGUAUAACUAAUUGCUUGAUAUAAUAAAAUUUGUAGAAUUAUUUCAAGUGUAUGGAUCAUAAAUAUAUCAAUAUUUCAAGCUGAUUGGUCGAGUAAUGGAAUAUACUACACUAGUACGUGAAUGGUCGAUUCUCUCAAUGCGCGUCAUAUUGUGAAAAUAGCGAGCUCUGGUGUUAGAGAGAAACAACAGCCGAGUCGUUUUAACAAAGGAGGAAAAGGGAGAAUAACGAAAUCAAGUCUUAUUCUAAAAGAAUCCAUUGGAAAAGGUCAAGAUAUAUAAGAGAGAGGACUAUCGUUGAACGAGAAGAUGGCCGAGAAAACUUCGUCUUCGCCGGUCGCAAUAGCGGGCUCAGGUACUGGAAGUUCAGCGAAUCAACAAACUAAUACGAGUACGUCUACAACGAGGAAGAAUACGGUACCGAAGGCUAAGAAGCCACGUAGCAAACCUACCCAUCCACGUACACCGGAUAUGGUGACCGCAGCUAUAAAGGCUUUGAAGGAACGUAAUGGGUCAUCUCUUCAAGCUAUCAAAAAAUAUAUGUCCACGACGUACAAACUCGACGUAGAGAAGCAUGCACCUUUUAUAAAGAAAUAUUUGAAGAGUGCAGUAGCAUCCGGGACAUUGGUACAGACUAAGGGAAAAGGUGCAGCAGGUUCUUUCAGAUUGGCCUCGUUGAAAAGCGAAACGACCAAGUCCAAGUCUGAACAGUCGGGGACUAGUAAGAAGCAAGUAGCGAAGAAACGAGCGAAUACGAAGAAAACAACGUCAACGAGUUCGAAAAAGACGAGUACCGUUGCGGUUCCUGCUACGGCAACGAGCAUCGCAACGUCAGGAACAACAACGGCAACGACGGCAGCGGCAGCAGCAAUAGCAGCGACGACGAAUGUGGCGACACAGGCAACGACAACGACAACGUCAGGUAAAAAAUCACCGGUGAAGAAAGCCGCGAUAACAGCGGCGGUCAAUGAAAAGCGUAAAACGGCGAAAGGUCCAGCUGCUAAACCACCGAAAGCUAAGAGCGCCGUUCACCAAGUACAAAUUUGGUCGAAAUCUAAAGUCACCGCCAAAGGGACGCCGAAAAAACAAGCAGUAAAAAAGUCAACGACGCCAGCUAAACCAAAGAAAGCAACUACGAAGAAGGUAGCAGCUAAGAAAAAGUGAGCCAAUAAUCUACGAUCAUCCACAUCGGGAUAAAGUUAAACUCGAACGGUCCAUUUUAGGACCAUCGUGCGUUCCUAAUAAAACGCAAGGAAAAAAACCCGCAAGUUGAUACUACGGUGCGAUUUGUAUUUUGAAUAUGGCGCCGUUCCCAUUCAAAAGCCCGCCGGCGGAGUCGAAGACGCAUCCAGUUUUGACGUUUCUAUUGCGAAAGAACGAAAUUUAAUCUAUGCCGAGAGACUUUUCUCUCGUAAUCCAUCCUUUUUCUUUACUUCUUUAUGAUUAUCCUUUCCUUAGUAGACACAGUACUUUUCUUUUUCUCUUUUCGCAAUCUGUCUUACGUUUUUUUUUUUUUUUUUCUUUUUAUUGAUAACUCGUCAUUUGUCUCAUUGUCAGAAUUAAGUGAAUUAAUUCAUAUCAAAUUUGCGGUAAAUAUCGAUCUUGCUUGUAGUUGUUUUAGGUAACGGUAAGUCCUACUUAUAUAUUAUUAUAUAUAGUUAGUAAAGUUAGAUCAUCAUUAAGAAGAGCAAGGAGAUAUUGCACUUGGCGAUCUUAUUAUUAAUUUUUUUUGUUCUUCCCUAAACGCCUUUCUUUUUAUUUCACUGUCCAACGUGUAAGUCAGAACAAGUUACGUUUCUUAAUCGCCAUUAUUUUUGAUUACAUGAUACACGAGAUAUUUAUUUUCUUCUUUGUACUUUGCACAAAAGGAACAAAAAAUAAUUAUAAUACUGUCGCCUAUUGUGAGAGUGACAUACGAGAAUUUAUUUAAUUUAUUCGAUAUAUAUAUAUAUAUAUAUAUAUAUAUAUAUAAAUUGUUAAAUCUUUGUGUCUAUCAUUUAUAGAUUAUAUUUAGAGAGUUUAUUAAAGGUUCUACUAUAACAGUGAUCUUUAUUGUUUAAUACUUUUACAACAAUCUUAUAAUAUUCGAUUUAUUUGGAUGUAUAGACAUAACAAUUAUAUGACAGACAUAUAAUAGUCCCACAUUUAUAAUCGUUAGUUAUAUAGAGUACCUGACGCACACGAUAGAACAACAUACUAAUAUCGAAUAGAGAAAAGGCAUUAAGCGUUACGCAAAGAAAAAACUUUCAUAUAUCUCUAAUUCCUUCUAAUCAAAAAUUUCUCCUUAUUUAAUAAUAGCAUACAGAUAAGAAUUUUCAUUAGUAUUUUCAACGAAGUUGUAAUCGAUUUAGUUUAAAAAUAAAGAUAUCAUCGAUAAAACAAUUGUAAGAUACUUUAAAUAUAACGAAGAAAACAAAGAUAGGAUUUAUAAGUCUUCAUAAUACUCAGAAGAGACGGCAUUACAAUUGAUUUACGUAAUACACGAAAUCUAGAUAAAUAAUACUGAUUAAUAAUAUUAUUUAUAUAAUUUGUAGAUUUAAAUCGUAAACACUUAGAUAUUAAAGAAACCUUAUGGAAUAAAACGAUAUUAUAAAAGUUAAUAAAAAGUGCCUGAUAA